GAAGAUAAACAGAAAAAACUAAUAUUGUUCCUGGGAAAAUCCGUCAUGGGACAGAAAUAGUUGAGCUAAAUGGCAGCUGGUUUCUUGAUCAUAUCAUAAACCAUCUUCUCUCUGGACAACGGCAUUCACCAUUUUUCGAUAUUCUAACAAAACCACUAAUAAAAACUCCAACAAAUGGUUUUAGACUUGGUUGAUCAAGAAUUGAAGAGAUUCAAUUUUGAGGUCAUUUUCUCAUGUGAGCUGAUGCAAAGGAAGCAAUAAAGAGGGUUUUGUGAUUGGAAAUUAACUACAAUCCGAAUUUAGGGUUUGAGUUGCUUGUUGGUUUUUCUUCUUUUCCAUGGAACAAGAAAAAGCCAAACCAAAUAGGCUUUAUCAGGUUUGGAAGGGAAGCAAUAAAUUCUUAUGUGGAGGAAGAUUGAUCUUUGGUCCAGAUGUAGCAUCUUUGUUUUUAUCCACAUUCCUUGUUGCAGGUCCUGCGAUUGCGUUUUGUAUAAGAAUCUUUCUCAUUAUCAGACAACGUAUCAUAGAGAACAAAGAUGCUAUUCCUUGGUAUUCAGUACUUACAGUGGGAAUCGUACUAACUGUUUUGGAUAUGCUGUUACUAUUUCUUACAUCCUGUAGAGAUCCUGGGAUCAUCUCUCGAAAUACAACACCGCCUGAAUGUGAUGAAACUGUUGAAAUUAACACCCCUUCAAUGGAGUGGGUCAAUGGAAGAACUCCUCAUUUGAAGCUUCCCCGGACGAAGGAUGUGGUUGUGAAUGGACACACUGUUAAAAUGAAAUACUGUGACACAUGUUUGCUGUACCGUCCUCCCCGUGCAUCUCAUUGCUCCAUAUGCAACAAUUGUGUUCAGAGAUUUGAUCACCACUGUCCAUGGGUUGGUCAAUGCAUUGGUAUACGUAAUUAUCGAUUUUUCUACAUGUUUGUAUCUACAUCAACGAUCUUAUGCAUAUAUGUCUUUGUCGUCUCGUGGGUCAACAUUGUCAACAUUCUUCGCCGGAAAGAUAAAUUGUGGAAAGCCAUGUCGGGUGAUAUUUUAUCAGCUAUUCUCAUCGUGUACUGCUUCAUCACCUUUUGGUUUGUCGGUGGCCUUACAGUUUUCCACUUCUAUCUGAUUAGCACCAACCAGACUACAUAUGAGAACUUCAGGUACCGAUAUGAUAGGAAAGAGAACCCAUAUAACAGAGGGACAAUCAAAAACCUGAAAGAAGUCCUUUUCUCUAAAAUCCCCCCCUCGAUGGUUAAUUUCAGAGCAUAUGUUCAGGAAGAUGAAAUUAUGGUUAUGGACAAGAUGGAUCCUAAUUUAGCAGGAAGUAUUGCUAGCUCUAUGGAAAAAACUGAUGAAGAAAUGGAAGAUAAAUUUGCUGAGAAUAGUAGUGCUUCACUUCCAGAGAUCUUACAAAAUCUGGAAUUCGUUGGCAUUGAGAAUAAUAUGAAACAGCAGGAAGAAAAUGAAAGAUAUGAUUCCAGCCCAUUUCUCUUUUCCGCUGAACAAGAAUUGCAGAUCUCCCCAAUCAAAGUUGGGGGAAGGACAGAGGAGAAUGAAAUAGAACAGCACGUAGAAAAUGAAAAAAGUGAUUCCAGCUCGGUUCUCUUUUCGGCUGAACAAGAAUUGGAGUCUGUAAUUAUCUCCCCAUCAUAUAUGGGGGAAAUGCAGAGAAGAAACAUGAUGAAGCAACAUCUGAUCAAACCAUAGCAUCAGUUCAAGCAUAAACUACAGGUUUGAUAAAAGGAGAAAUCAGUUCCCUUACCCCCCUCAAAGAUUUGGAUGCAUGCUUAAGAAGAUGGCUAUGUCUGGUAGCAGGACUGGAAGUUCUCAAAAUGUAGAGGUUUUCAUGUUGUUUGAACUAGUAGAUAAAUGAGAUUCUUGCUGGCUUCAGAAUUCUAGAUACAAUCUGUAAGCAGAAGUUCCAAAUUUGGAGGGCGAAUAUACGAAAAUAAUACAAGAUCUUGUAGAAUGAUAGAUCCUGAAAAAGUGAAAAUAGAUGGGUUUGAUACAUAGUUCUUUUGUUGUUCACCGCUUUUAUCUUACAUUUUCUUUUUCUCUUCAAAGUUCAGAUUUCAUUACAAAUUUGUUAGGAAAAGUAUGAUACUAGAAACUCAGAUUGACAGAUUGUUUGUAUGAAUAUAAUUUAGAUCCAUUAUCAAUCUUUCGGGCGAUGAAUAUGUACUCACCAUAGCAUCCUUCGAGCUACUUGCAA